AUGUCGUUGAGUGAGCGGAAAACUAUCGACCUAGAACAAGGAUGGGAUUUUAUGCAUAGGGGUAUCAUGAAGCUUAAGAAUAUUCUAGAAGGUUUGCCUGAACCUCAGUUCAGCCCUGAGGAUUACAUGAUGCUAUAUACGACUAUCUAUAAUAUGUGCACUCAAAAGCCUCCUCAUGAUUAUUCUCAACAUCUGUAUGAUAAGUAUAAGGAGGCAUUUGAAGAGUAUAUCGUGUCAACUGUGUUACCUUCUUUGAGAGAAAAACAUGAUGAGUUUAUGUUAAGAGAACUUGUAAAGAGAUGGGCAAACCAUAAAAUUAUGGUGAGGUGGCUUUCUCGCUUCUUUCACUAUUUGGACCGCUACUUUAUUGCCCGGAGGUCACUUCCACCCCUUAAUGAAGUUGGGUUGGCUUGCUUCCGUGAUUUGGUUUACAAGGAACUACAUGGGAAAAUGAGAGAUGCAAUUAUUUCACUUAUUGAUCAAGAACGUGAGGGAGAGCAAAUUGAUCGAGCGCUAUUAAAGAAUGUAUUAGAUAUAUUUGUUGAAAUUGGAAUGGGGAAAAUGGACCAGUAUGAAAGUGAUUUUGAAGCUGACAUGCUAAAAGACACUUCUGCUUAUUAUUCUCGAAAGGCUUCAAAUUGGAUCCUAGAAGAUUCUUGUCCUGAUUAUAUGCUCAAGGCUGAGGAGUGCUUAAGACGAGAGAAAGAUAGGGUUGCUCAUUACCUGCACUCUAGUAGUGAGCCAAAAUUAUUGGAGAAAGUUCAAAAUGAGCUGUUGUCUGUGUAUGCAAGUCAGCUCCUUGAGAAAGAACACUCAGGAUGUCAUGCUCUACUUAGAGAUGAUAAGUGUGAAGACUUGUCAAGGAUGUUCAGGCUAUUUUCUAAAAUACCCCGUGGCUUGGAUCCUGUUUCUAGUAUAUUUAAGCAGCAUGUUACCACUGAAGGCAUGGCAUUGGUGAAGCACGCUGAAGAUGCAGCUAGUAACAAAAAGGCAGAUAAAAAGGAUAUUGUUAGUACGCAAGACCAGGUUUUUGUUCGGAAGGUGAUUGAGUUGCAUGACAAGUACUUGGCAUAUGUGAACUCCUGUUUCCAGAAUCACACUCUUUUCCACAAGGCUCUCAAAGAGGCUUUUGAAGUCUUUUGCAACAAAGGCGUUGCUGGAAACUCUAGUGCAGAGCUUCUUGCCACAUUUUGUGAUAACAUUCUUAAGAAAGGAGGAAGUGAAAAAUUGAGUGAUGAAGCAAUUGAAGAAACUCUUGAAAAGGUGGUAAAGCUGCUCGCUUAUAUUAGUGACAAAGACUUGUUUGCUGAGUUCUACAGGAAGAAGCUUGCUCGAAGGCUUCUUUUUGACAAGAGUGCCAAUGAUGAUCACGAGAGAAGUAUUUUGACAAAAUUGAAGCAACAGUGUGGAGGACAGUUUACCUCGAAGAUGGAAGGAAUGGUUACAGAUUUGACGCUGGCAAAGGAGAACCAAACUAGCUUUGAGGAGUAUUUAAACAAUAAUCCUAAUGCAGACCCUGGAAUAGACUUGACAGUGACAGUUCUAACUACUGGCUUCUGGCCAAGUUAUAAAUCUUUUGAUCUCAAUCUUCCUGCAGAAAUGGUUAAGUGCGUUGAAGUUUUCAAAGAAUUUUAUCAAACUAAAACAAAGCACAGAAAACUUACAUGGAUUUACUCCUUGGGCACCUGCAACAUAAGUGGGAAAUUUGACCCCAAAACUGUGGAGCUUGUUGUCACAACCUACCAGGCUUCGGCAUUGCUGCUUUUUAAUUCCUCUGAUAGACUGAGUUAUUCUGAGAUAAUGACUCAGUUAAACUUAUUGGAUGAAGAUGUCAUUAGACUGCUCCACUCCUUAUCAUGUGCAAAGUACAAGAUUCUUAUCAAGGAACCUAAUACAAAAACAAUUACACCCACUGAUUAUUUUGAAUUUAAUUCAAAAUUCACUGAUAAAAUGAGGAGGAUCAAGAUUCCUCUACCUCCCGUGGAUGAGAAGAAAAAAGUAAUUGAGGAUGUUGACAAAGACAGAAGAUAUGCCAUUGACGCCUCAAUUGUGCGCAUUAUGAAGAGUCGGAAAGUUUUGGGAUACCAAAAUUUAGUUAUGGAGUGCGUUGAGCAGUUGGGUCGCAUGUUCAAGCCUGAUGUCAAGGCAAUUAAAAAGAGGAUUGAAGAUUUGAUUUCUCGGGACUACUUGGAAAGAGACAAAGAAAAUCCAAAUAUGUUCAAGUACUUAGCUUGA